GCUGCUCUGAGUGCAAACUUGACGCAAAGCUCGCCCCAGCAACUGCGGCCUCAGUAGCUCUGUGACGCACCUUCGACUAUAGCGCGACUCACUGCGGGCCUGCUGGAGAAAGUGAAAUUGCGUACUUACCUGCUGAUUGGAACCGGAAAUCAGAAAGAGGGGAACAGUCGGAGAUGAAGUCAAUACUGCUCCUUUCCCUGCUGGCUGGUUGGGCGAACGCUAUGCCCAACCGAAAGGUCCCGCCGGUCGCCACCGAAACCGCGCCCUCCGUCGCUGCUGAUCGCCGCCAGCAGCAACCUCCGCAACCGAGCAAACGAGGCCUGGACGCUGCUGCGAGAAAAAGCCAGCCGAACCGUUCCCUCGAAGCGCCCUUCGUGCUCGUCAACGGCACCGACACGACGGCCGACCGCAUCUGCCUGGUGCUGCACAGCAUGGGCGAGCAGGCGCGCCGGGGCCUGAUGCAGCAACUGACGAGGGCCACGUACGCGGCACCCAGGAGCCGCGAAGAGGACGAGUUCGCGGGACAAAUCCAGGAGCAGUGGGACGCUUUCGUCGCCAAGGUCAAGCAGGUGGCACGCAGCACGUGGGAGAACCUGGCCAGGCGCAUGGCUUCGUCUCUUGAACAGCUAGCCACUCGAUGAAUGCCCUACUCUGCGCGCACAGCACCGACGGUGCUGCCACGUGACUUUUCGUUGGCGCCCUGACAAUUUCGGAGGGCGCGCGAGCCGCAAUCACUCAUCGACGCGUGCAGUCGCCGUGCGUCAACCGGAGCGGUUUUUUUUUCUCGUUAUUCUAAAUAACUGGGGCUGUCAUUGGACUACCCCUAGUCCUCAUAGUGAAUGCUUGUGGAUGGCGAUCAGUCCGGAGAAGCGUUCCCAAGAGCGAACAGGCUCUUGAAUCCAGGUUUCAUAUCUCUGUCGCUGUACACCAUUCUUUACCCGCGCCUGUCCAAGCAAUGGCUGUUCAAUACAUCUGCUGCCGACGCGUGGUGCAAAGGAGACCACGGCACGUAUUAACAAAAAUUUAUUAAGCUAGAAGUGUUUGUAAAAGCGAAUCCCCGCAAAUCCUGACGCUGAACGAAUUAUUAGCGAACACUGCUUUCCAAUAGCAAAAAGCACUUACGAACGAAGAGCUUUGUGAGUUCGUCACUGGAUCUUUGAAAAUUGAACACCAAUGGGAUAUCAUCAGCAAUUACCAAGCAAUGGUUACUGCUGCAUUAUUUGAACCGAUAAGCCGGCGGCAGGAUGAUGCCAAACAUUUCGUGUCAGCGCGUACUCAAAGAAACGAACAAGUCUACACUGUCCUGAGCUGUAUCAUAAGGCGUGAAUAUUGUUUGAGAUUGCGAAGUGAAGGUUCUUUCAUACGACUCGCAAGCGAAACACUUACGGACAGAGAAGAGCCUAUGAGCAAACGCUUAAGGAAAUGUACAGCCAACUGCACGAAUUUGCACUUCCCGAUGUAAAAGCUAUUUUGAAGCGGCAUGUGUUCGUCUGCUCUUUUGCCUACACCUUGCAUCACGCUGCUUCCUGUAUCCCACUGGGCUAUUACGACAUACGCGCACGUCCGAUAAAAAGUCUCAUCCGUCUUUCCCCUCCUCUUUUGCGCAUACGGCUAUAUAACGAAACCAAAUAAAGAAACGCAGGUUCUUUUCCUGCCCAACCACUAAAGGUGCCGUCUUGAUCAAAUAACCGCGAUGCACUUGCAAUUACCACCUGCCAUUAUUGAAUUAAACAUUGCUCAAUAUAUAUAUAUAUAUAUAUAUAUAUAUCGUAAGAAGCCAACGCACAAAGACUCCAAGGAAAACAUUCGGGAAAUUACUUAUACUAAUUGGAAUAUAGCGACGAUAAAUUAACCGAAAUGAAUAUGGAUGAAAAAACUACUGGCCCCAGGUGGGGCACGAACCCACGCCUUCGCACUACGCGCGCGAUAUAUAUACAUAUAUGUUGUAUACUUAAACUUGUACCCUUACAUAAAAAUGGGCGAAGGAUAACACAUCACAGAAAGAGAAACUACGACAUUGUAGAACGCGUGGGUACAACGCUUCUAAAAUAGUUUCUCUUUUUCUAAUGUGCUAUUAUUCGCCCAUUUUAUUGCAAUAGCUAUUAUAUGGAUACUCCAGGCGCAUUUCUGCCGUCGCCGUCGGCACCAUUGCUGACAUCCGUGAUAUCGGAGCGUUGUCCACUUGUUAAAUAACAUGGUACUUGUACGGGCAUUGUCGGCAGCAUUGUAACCAUUGUCAUGAUUGCAGGAGGUAAGGAGCGGCACCGGGUCACAAUCCAUUUCGCAGCACAACUGACAUUGGUCGGCGAGAAAACGUAAAAGGGUUUCAGCGAGCAUUCUCUAAACUGACCACUUCGAUAAGUGCGCCUUUUUUAGCCUACCAACCAGUCGGCAAUUCUUUGGGGGGAUGCACUGGGCGGCACACAGAUAAAGUGUGACAUGAAAGUCGCAGCAGCUUUCUGUAUGUAGCACUGCAUUUGUCUUCAUCCGUAAACUUGGACAAUUGUGCUGGUGUACUUUGUGUUUUACACUUUGACUGACAGCAUUCUACUCGACAUCAUCCGUCAGAUAAAUUUGUACGUACUAUGUGAAACUUGUUCACUCCCUAGCAUUUCUGUAUGUAUACGUUUCUCUACCACAAGAAUUCAAUCAUAUUAAAACAUAGGUAUAUGUCUUCCGGAAGUGCAGUCGUAUCGCGCAUAAUUUUUAGAAUAUACAAAAUGACCCAUUUCAUUUUUUGGAUGCCGGAACUGCAUACAACUCUGUACAGUUGCUGCGCAAGUAUUUCUGUGAAUGGAAUAAACCGUUUCUGAGCGAUAU